CAAAUCCAUAUCCUGACCAGCGAUAGAAAAGAAACCCAUUUUCUCUUGUUGAAGUUGAAAAUUUGAUCCUUGGGGUUGAGCGAUUCGGUACAGGAAAAUGGGCUUUAGUCAGAAAUAUAUAUUUUCCUAACAGCAACCACACUAACCAAGAUCUCUGGCAUACGUGGAGGAAUCUUCUGGAAAUGAAAAGUGGGGAGGGCAUUGUUACACCAGAGCAUAUGAUCGUAUAGUGGCUGCUAAUCAUCCGAAGCUGGUGGCCUUACAAGAAGGAUACUUGGAGCCUGAAGAUAAGCAGCAAGUUAAUAAGUUGGAUGUGAAAAUUGCUGAUGUAGCUCCAAAUCAGUGCACUUUGAUCAAUAAUUUUGUCGCACAAGUGGAAGUGAAGAAUUAAUUGGCUCAUUUGGAGCUGUUGGAUCUCCUGCAACUGUUUGAGUGGAGGGUGGUUGAGAAAAUCGAUAAAGGAAAUACUUUGACUACUACAGACUAUGCAACCUUUCAUCAUUCGGUAAAGAAUAUUGAGAAUACCACAGAGGUCAUGAUGAAUAAUAUUUUGAUUCAAAUUGCUGGUAAUGCUGGCAAUAACAAUGGUGAUGUGAGGUUUGCUGCAAAUCAAAAUGAUCGAACUUGCAGGGGAUGAUUUAAUAAAUGAUGGAGGUGGUGGCAAUGAAGAUAAUGUUGGCUAUUGUUGGUGUUGAUGGGCUGCAGGCGAUGGAGUAAGAGCUGCAAGAGGUGGUAAUAGUGACUGAUGAGAUGUAUCUCCUAUUUGGGGAAAAAUGUUGGUGAAAUUGAUUGUGGAAUGGAUUGAUUAUUUGGAUUUCUUUUAAGGUUAGAUGGAUGAAUCCGUUGAUAGAUUAAGCGUUUAAAGUUGAUGAACGUGUGAUUCUAUUUGAUGGUCUUGAUUGACGUUGCAGUUGCGACUAUUGCCACUGAUGAAGUAACGAUGCAAAGGCCCAUGAUGAACAUUAUCCAAUCCAAUAUUAAGGAGGAGCCCAAGGUAGGAUUGUGUUAGUUUUUGUUUUCGUUUCUAUCUACUUGUACCUUGCAUACUUACAAACCGAGCUACUAUGCUUUUCUUGGUUGUUCUUUUUUGUAGGGGUUGUUCUUACUAUGAUGAGUAACCAUUGGUUGCUAGCUAAUUAAUAUUUAAAAUAUAAUCUUACUUACUUACUGAGCUUGGAUGCUUUCAAGCAAUUGCUCCGAACUCUGGGGACGUCUACUGAGCUUGCUGCCGAGAAGAUCUUAAGGUCACUCUCUUCAAGGCCCUACCCUGAUACCCGCAGAAAGAGCAACUUCUGGUCGUUAGCUGAGAUUGAGAAUAUUGUCCGUGGAGUGGAAAGGUUUGGAACUGGCAGGUGGAGAGAAAUGGAAGAACAAAUGGAACUGAAAGGUUUACUAACAGCGACAGAACUUUUCAGGAUCUAAAAGACAAAUGGAAGAACUUUAAGAAGAAUUGUAGGGUGCCUAGCUAUGUGGAAAAAGGGAUCGGUAUUGUGACAUCUCAGCAAAUGAAUAGGAUAAUUGCAGCUGAUCAUGUGAGGCCAGUUGAAUCUGAAGAUUUUUUGCCUCCUGUAUUCUCUGAUGAGGCUUCUGAUCUCGAGAGAAGAGUUGCUGUGUUGACUCCAACUCAGCAGCAGUUUGUCAGGGAUCUUGCUGAACAUGAUCGAGUACGAGUUUACUUGACAACAAUGCAGGAUGUUGAUGCUUUGCAGCUGUUUUUAACCUGGUUGGAUGGAAUCGGAGAACCCCACAAUGCAGUGGCUGCUGUUGACUACAACUGGUUCCGACCCCUGCUUCUGAAUAUAGAAAAUACAACCUUUGAUAUGAGGGACACUAUAGUUGGUGGGAACUGGCAAAAAUUUAUCGUUGCUCAUUAUAUGGGUGCUGGUGCUGGUAAUGAUGGACACCAUGUGGGUGCUAUAGUUGGUGGGAACUUGGAGAAUGUUAUGGUUGGUCAUGAUAUGGUUGUUGGUAAUGAAAUUGAUAAAUAGUUGGUGAGAACUUGGAGAAUGUUAUGGUUGCUGGUAAGGACUUACUUGCAAUGUUAAAGCAUGAAAACUAUUCUUUGUUUUUGUUUUCCUAUUGUGUCUAAUACCAGCUUUUUAUUUACUAUUUAUUAAAUUCUUUUUUUUUCAAAUGUAGGUAAUGAAAUUGAUAAUGUGGGUGCUAUAGUUGGUGAGAACUUGGACAAUGUUAUGGUUGCUGGUAAGGACUUACUUGCAAUGUGAAAGCAUGGAAGCUAUUCUUUGUUUUUGUUUUCCUAUUGUGUCUGACACCAUCUUUUUAUUAAUGUAGAUGAUGAAAUUGAUAAUGUGGGUGACUAAGAAGAUUUUGAAGAGAAUGGGAUAUGCAAGUUUCUUUGUGUUUGGUGAUAGCAGCUCGGGACUUAGUCACUUAGCUAGUUAUCCUGAAAGUGACUAAGAAGAUUUUGGAGAGAAUGGGAAUAUGGACUUCCGCUAGUUACUUAGCUAGUUAUCCUGCAAGUUUCUUUGUGUUUGGUGAUAGCAGCUCGGGACUUAGUCACUUAGCUGUUUCUAUUACCACGUACUUUCGCAGUUUUUUCUUUAUUUCCUUUACUGCUAUUGCUAUAUUCUGGCAAGGUUGAAUGAUGUUCCACAACAGAAAUGCACACUUUCGCAGUUUUUUGUUUAUUUCCAUUACUGCUUGUGCUUUACGCUGGCAAGCCUAGACUUCCGCUUCUAACAGGCCAAGCUCAGGAGAACAUGCACCCAAUUAUGAGUCCCGAGGCUAUUCCACGUCGCCUCACCUUCCUAUGGUCUAGGUAAUCUAGACUGCAGUGAGGAUCUUAGCUUUUUGUUCGAAAAUAUGGGAGAUUCACACUUGCCAUGCAAGAUUUCGAGCUUGAGCUAAACAUAGCAGGCAACAAUGAAGCAUCUACCGACUU